AGCAUUCUGCAUGGGGUAGGUUUGCGUACCGCAAGUGCGCCAUGGCUAGUCCACCAGACAGCCAGUGCGACACGUGUGACACACAGGAGCCUCAAACCAAGAAGGAGGAGGCUGAGCAGAUUCUGCGGCAAGCGCAAGCCGCGAGAGAGCUGGUAGAAAAGUUGGAGCAGAGCUACGAGGCCGAGAAGCCGGGGCUCAAACGGAAGGGCCGUGCCGCGUGGAUGGGGGUGCCGCGGCCGACUUUGGCCAACCAAAGGGCGCAGAGGUUCCGCCAGGUGCGGCGGGAGCUGCUGCUGUCGCAGCUGCGCUCGGACUCCGAAGGCUCCGCAGACUUCGCGGUGAACCUGUCGCCGUCCAGCAGCGAGGGGGAGCAGCCCUGCUACGAGCGCUUCGAGCCCUCCAGCACUUACCUCUGUGACGGCGAGUGCCAGGAGCUGGAGUUGGGUUCCGACAGCGAUGGCCUGGAGCGACGCAUUCAGGAUGAGGUGAUUGAUGAGCUGUGCUGGGCCUCUGCUGAUUGGCGUCAGGCGCAGGAGGGCACCACCUUCGAGGAUGGUUGCUCCUUGCAGGAAGCCCGGUCCUUCUGCCGCAUGUGCCUGCGCCGCGCGGAUGCAGCCCGCCUGGAGCAAGCCAGGCUCUUGGGCGAGCCGGAGCUCCCAGAGGAGGAGGAGAGCUCCUCCGAGCUGGCUGCGCGCAUCUCCAGCCACGAGGAGGCGCGCUCCUUCGCGCUGAUGUGCCUUCGAGCGAUUGAGGAUUACGAGACUGAGAACAAAGCGAUCCACGAGGCAAAAGUGAGAUGCCUCAUGUGACCCAUGUGGGCCUCACAGGGUGAGCCAUUCAUCCCGCAAACUGCUAA